CGAGCGUAUUCUUCUUUGAGGAAAAAAAUGCCUCUCUUUAUAAACCGGGACCAAAUAUUUGCGCAUCAGGUACACCUGCUGGAGCACAAACUGAGGAGAAAAGAGGAGCGAAUACUGGAACUGGAAACAGAGAAUGCUAUUCUCCAUUUAAGACUUGCCGAGUGUUUGGGGAAACUCCGUCGGGACCAUGAAGAGGAGACCCGGAACCAUCAUCAGCACCAGACGAACGCUCAGAAGAUAACCCGGUCGUCCCUUACCAAACUCCUCGCUGAGGUCCAGGCUGUGAAGCAGGACUUGAGUGAACUUUUCGCAGUGUAUUUCACUUUUUCCAGUGAGCUGGAGGAGCAGAGCAAGCAGCUGCUGGAAAAAGUAGAGCAAGCCAGCUGUUCUCCGACUGGUCACAGUGGAGACGAGGUUCACAAUUUGCAAGCUGGUGUUGCAGCUCUGGAGCGCUCUCUGGAGGAGGAGAGGGAGAGGUGCAGGGCAGAGAGGCAGCGAAGGAAAGAACUCCACAACGCACUGGUGGAGUUGAGAGGGAACAUCAGAGUUCACUGCAGGGUGCGACCACUUCUACCCUUUGACCACGUCCAGUCCUCCACGUCUGGAUCAAGGCCUAUGUCAUCAGAAGAAGUGGUCUCUGCGAUCAGUGAUGACACGGUGAUGGUCAAUUGCAUAAAAACGGGGAUGCCGGUGCAAAACAAGAUGUUUGAGUUUGAGAGAGUGCACGGACCGGAGGAUUCACAGGAGGCCGUGUUUCAGGAAGUCAAGCCGCUCCUCACUUCUCUGAUGGACGGCUAUAACGUGUGUAUCAUGGCAUACGGGCAGACAGGCAGUGGGAAGACUCACACCAUGAUGGGAUCCCAGCUGCUGGAGGAGCACUCAGGGCCGCAGCAGGAGGCACAGCAGGGUAUUAUCCCCAAGGCUGCUGCUGAGCUGUUUCGGCUGAUCUCGGAGAAGCCCGCAGAGAGCCUCACGGUGGAGGUAUCAGUGAUGGAGGUGCAUAACAACGAGGUGCUUGACCUUCUGGCGAGAGAUGCGCAGGGCAACGGUGCCGACCAGCGCCGGGACGUCAUCACCACCUCCUCUGGUACCAGCCAGGUCACCUCCCUCACACAUGAGCCUGUGCAUAAUGCCUCUGAGGUGAUGCAGAUUAUCAGCAGUGUUUUAAAGCUCAGGGCUCACUGUCCCACCCUCGUCCACACCGACUCCUCGCGCUCUCACCUCAUUGUCGCCCUCACGAUUUCCUCCAAGAGCCCCAACGCUCUGGCCCUGGCCCGCAAGCUACAAAGUGCCAAGAAGGACAUGCAGCGCUCCACUAAGAAGGUGUGGUGGAGUCCACGCUGUAGCCGUGCCAACCCUGCUGCCCACCACUCAUCUGAUGAUCAUCUCUUCGCGAGCACACCCUCAUCUCCCUGCCGCUCCCCUUCCCAAUCUCCAUGUCCCUCCCCCAGGCCCAGCAUCUCUCAGGCUUCUUUCAGGACCAAGCUGCAGCUGGUGGACCUGGCAGGGAGCGAGUGUGUCGGUAUGUCUGGAGUUUCGGGUGCCGCUCUGUGGGAGGUGUCCUGUAUAAACCGCAGUCUCUCUGCUCUGUCUGAUGUCCUGGGAGCUCUGGCCGAGCAGAGGCCACACGUCCCCUACAGGAACAGCAAACUCACUCAUCUGUUGCAGGAUGCCAUAGGUGGCGAUGCCAAGCUGCUGGUGAUGCUGUGUGUCUCUCCCACGCAGCGCUUCAUCACCGAGUCGCUGCAGUCUCUGGGCUUUGGCAUGCGGGCCCGCCAGGUCCAGAAGGAGCUACCGCGAAGGAAGAAUAACAUCCUCAAAGUUAAGUGAUGAAACAGAGAAGAGAUUUCAUUAUUUGCAGAUGCUGCGGCAACAUAGAUCCUGUAACAAUCAUGCCAACAAAACAGAUUUGAGGGUAUAAUUGUUAUCAUGCUAUUUCUCUGUGUUAGAGACGCCCUUCUUACUCUUAGUAGGUACUUUAAGUAGAAAAUAGAUGGAUGUUGCCAGAAGUGUUAUAUAUUCUGUCUUUAAAUAGAUCUUGGUAGCAUUAAAUGUCUUAUCUGAAGCCACAAAUACUUCUGUGUUUCUUGAAUGCAAAACACAUUAAUAAUGUGUAAAUAACCUUGACAAUUACCAAGCGUGCUAAGUAGUUAUGACUGAAUUACACAAAGGUUACGUAAUGAUAACUCAAUUUAGUAUGAAAUCUUGGUAUUUCGACUUUAAUUUUUAAUUUCCACUUUAAUUUAGCUGUAGAUGAAGUCAAUAGUCUACAGUCCUGUAUCAUGCAAAGGCUCUCUGACUGAAGUACUCUUACAUGUAUUCUGCUGUAAAACAUGCAUACCAUGCCUUCUCUUUUUUUUUAGUGUUUUAGGUGUAGUUAUGUUCUUACAGUACUUCUACUCAUAUUGAUGUAUUCUGUAUCUGUAACCAUCACCUUUCUUUUUGGUUACACAUUAUAAAUCUUUCAAACGCCUUGAUAGAAUAGUCUCAGUAGAUAAACGUUGUCAAACUCUAAAAUAAACAGCUGAUGUGCAGAUCAUU